UUGUUGGUGGUUGAACAGUGAAGGACUGGUCAAGGGUGGAAUAGUGAGAAGGAAUUGGCUAUGGCAUCAACUUCUUUUGCCAAGCAGACUCCAGUGCCCAUGAAGGAACCAACAUCUAACUAUAAUCCAUAUCCCCCGCCUCUUGCAAGAUAUGAAGAUGUUGUGGCUAAUUCAAAACUUUUCCUGCCUACUUUGGAGAAGCUCCAUGCUACCAUGGGAACUAAGUUCAUGAUUCCCAUCAUAGGAGGAAAGGAGUUAGAUUUGCACAGGCUUUUUGUGGAGGUAACAUCUCGUGGUGGCAUUGAGAAGAUUAUAAGAGAGCGGAAAUGGAAGGAAGUGACUGCUAUUUUUAACUUCCCCUCUACUGCUACUAAUGCAUCUUUUGUGCUGCGGAAGUAUUAUGUUUCUUUGCUUCGUCACUAUGAACAAAUCUACUUCUUUAAAGCCCGGGGCUGGAUCCCUGUUUCUUCUGAUCCUUUUCAAAACCCAUCCAAUACACAUAUUCCUACUCAUGGGGCAGUGCGGCCAGUUACAGAAAUUCAUGCAGCUACUGUCCAGCAACCAAGAGUAAAUAUAGCCGAGUUGCCUGCAGUGAGGCCAGCGUCAACAGCAGGCUUUCCCGUGAUUGGAGUCAUUGAUGGGAAAUUUGAGAGUGGCUAUCUUGUUACUGUCACCAUUGGCUCAGAGAAGCUAAAAGGCGUCCUUUAUCAGGCUCCACAUGAUGCAGCACCCCAAGUGCCUCACCAAUAUGGUGUAUUUGCCAGCAAGAGUGAUAAUUCUCAUGCUUCAUUGGGUGUGCAACGCCGGAGGCGCAGGAAGAAAUCUGAGAUAAAAAGGAGGGAUCCUGCUCAUCCUAAACCUAACAGGAGUGGAUAUAAUUUCUUUUUUGCUGAGCAACAUGCAAGACUGAAACCACUUCACCCUGGAAAGGAUAGAGAAAUUAGUAGAAUGAUUGGUGAAUUGUGGAACAACUUAACCGAAUCAGAAAAAGCAGUUUAUCAGGAGAAAGCUCUCAAAGAUAAAGAAAGAUAUAGAAUUGAGAUGGAGGAUUACAGGGAAAGAUUAAGGACAGGUCAAGUUAUCAGUGAUGCAGUGCCCCUACAGCAACGGUUUCCAGAACCAGAUGUAGAUAUGGCAGAAGGAGAUCUGAAGCUUGAAGAAACUGAACCUGGUGAUUCUCCUCAAACUCCAGAUAAUGAUAGCAGCUCUGGUGGAAGUGAUUUUGAAGAUGAUAAAAUUGUAGAUAAGGAUUUAGAUAUGGAAGAAUCUCCAGUUGCGGGAGUAUGUGGUGAAUCUAUGAAUGUAGAUGUGGAAAUUUCAUCUGAGCCAGUUAAUGAGCUGUUUAAGGUGGAAGAGAAUAUUGGAAAUAAUAAGAUUGAGAAGUUCAGUAUUGAGGGUGAAGAUAACUUAGGCAAGGCUCUGUCAGAGACAACCAGAGAACCAAUGCCAAGUGAAAAACACUAAAUUUGCUAGUGUUAAGUUAAACUUUUUGCAAUGAAGGUUGACUAUCCUUGUAGUCAUUGUGACUUACCUGACGAUAGAUGCAUUCAGAGAUGGUAAUUCACUUUUUUUUUAGUUUAUUUUUCUCCUUCAUAGUUGCUUCCUUUUUAUUUAUAAAAAUUUAGUGUUACUGUUAGCAGAAGGUUUUGUUUCCUCAGGUGGAAGAGGGCUGGAUUUUUGGCUGGCUUGGGAAAGUUUUGUGGGGAGAACUUUUGCUGCAAAUGUUAAUUGACAUUGUAUGUUACAUCCCAACCCCUGCCAAAAACUCUCAACUAGAAUAUGGUGCUAUGAGAGGGCUCAUCUGUAAACUGUAGUUGACAAAAAAGUGUAGAAAUGCGUGAGGAAAAAUUUUCUACAUAAUGCAUAGAUAAUGAGAUCUGAAUUUCAUGUUUUUGCACUUGCUUAUUUGCA